AUGAAGAGAUCGAUGAAAGAGCUGCUGAUUACUUUGAUAUUCUACUUUCAGCUACCGUAUUAAAAAAAACUGCUCAAAACAUUCAACCUAUUACCUCUUACUUAUCUUCUGCUACACCCCACUCUUUAGCACCUAACACCACUUCAACCUGUGCACUUUCAGAUGCAGUUGCAUUGAUACAAUCAGCAGAGGAAAAUAGAGAGAAAAAUAUUGAAGGAAUUAUAGAGGGAAUUAUGGAGGGAAAUACAGAGAGAAAUAUGGAAGAAAAUAGGGAGAGAAUUAUGAAGAGAAUUGUGGAGGAAAAUACGGAGGAAAAUACAGAAGAAAAUAGAGAGAGAAUUAUAGAGGGAAAUACGGAAGAAAAUAUAGAGGAAAAUGCAGGAGAAAGUAUAGAAAAAAAUAUAGCUAAUGAAAAAGCAAGAAUGAAAUUAGCAAUUGAGGAACUGGACAAUUUAUUAAAAAAGGAUGAUGGAUAUAUAGAUAAAGGAACUAAGUUAAAGUGGAGAAGAUUACCAAAGAAUAAUCGCGGAAAGUUCAUAAAGGUAGUGAGUCUUAUUGAUGAUGAAAGGAUAUCUUUAAAGAUCAUGUCAUACUUAAGAAGUCAUAAAUUUAGUGUGAACCCUAAGGUUCUAAAAGAAUUUGUGGAGAAUGAAGUAUUUCUGUCUUUAGGUAUUAAAAAAAAGACAACUAUCAGUGAAAGAACCGUGUCAACAUGGCUCAACAAGUUGGAAUGGCACUAUAAGGAGUGGAAGAAAGAACCCCUUCUUAUUGAAUACGAUGAAAAUGAUCUGAAUAAAUUAGUUGAAAAAAAUAUUCCCCCUAAUGAAAUACUACAUUGUGUAAUAACACAUGAUGAAACAACAUUAGCCGCAAAUGAUGAUAAAAAGACUGGAUGGGCUCCUGAAAGUGAACAAAAACUACGUCCAAAAAGACAAGGUAGAUGCAUUCACAUUAGUGAAUUUUUAUGUGAGCCUUUGGGGCGUGUUCAUUUAACUACAGAACAACACUUAUCCUAUCCAGAAAUUCCAAACAGAUAU